ACCACCGUGCGAUGUGCCAACGCCGGCCACUGCUACGGCCUGUGGGAGAAGAGCCGGCCCGGGGAGGUGCGCCCGGUCAAGCAAGGGUGCUGGGGCCAGGGGGAGCACCAGCAGGAUUGCCGUGACGACAGUUGCGUGGCGACCAACGUGCAGAUCCUCAAUGGGACGUUCCACUUCUGCUGCUGUGGCAGCGACAUGUGUAACCCUCAACUUCACUGAGGACCUCACCCCGCCCAGCCCCACCGUCGCCCAGCCGAUCCCGGCGCAGGGCGAGGAGCGGGAGUGUGCCUACACAGAGCAGCCCCAGCAGUGGGGCGUGGACCGCGUGCCAGGGUCGGAGGGCCGCGUCUCCCCGGAGAACACCACCGUGCGAUGUGCCAACGCCGGCCACUGCUACGGCCUGUGGGAGAAGAGCCGGCCCGGGGAGGUGCGCCCGGUCAAGCAAGGGUGCUGGGGCCAGGGGGAGCACCAGCAGGAUUGCCGUGACGACAGUUGCGUGGCGACCAACGUGCAGAUCCUCAAUGGGACGUUCCACUUCUGCUGCUGUGGCAGCGACAUGUGUAACCUCAACUUCACUGAGGACCUCACCCCGCCCAGCCCCACCGUCGCCCAGCCGAUCCACGGCCGCACGCUGCAAUACGAGGAGACGGUGAUCAUCGCCCUGGCGUCCGUGUCCGUUCUGGCCGUGGUCGCUGCGGCGGCGCUCUUCGGGUACCGCAUGAUGCGUGGAGGUUGUAAUCAGGGACUUCACAACCUGAACAUGAUGGAGGCCGCAGGCUCAGAGAGCUCCCUGGAUCUCGACAACCUUAAGCUGCUGGAGCUGAUCGGGCGUGGCCGCUACGGCGCCGUGUACUGCGGCUCGCUGGACGAGCGGCAGGUGGCGGUCAAGGUGUUCACGGCGGCCAACCGGCAGAACUUCCUCAACGAGUGCUCCAUCUACCGGCUCCCCCUGCUGGAGCACGACAACAUCGCGCGCUUCGUGGCGGCCGACGAGCGCACCGGCGCCGACGCGCGCACCGAGUACCUGCUGGUCAUGGACUACUACCCCCACGGCUCUCUCAACCGCUACCUGGGCCUCCAGACCAACGACUGGGGGAGCAGCUGUAGGCUGGCGCACUCUGUGACCCGUGGCCUGGCCUACCUCCACACCGAGCUCUGCAAAGGAGACCUGUACAAGCCCGCCGUCUCCCACCGGGACCUGAACAGUCGUAACAUCCUGGUGAAGGCGGACGGCGCCUGCGUCAUCAUCGACUUCGGCCUCUCCAUGAAGCUCACGGGGAACCGCCCACAGCGCCACGGCGAGGAGGACAACGCUGCCAUCAGCGAGGUUGGUACGAUCCGCUACAUGGCCCCGGAGGUCUUGGAGGGCGCGGUCAACCUGAGGGACUGUGAGUCAGCCCUGAAACAGGUGGACAUGUACGCCCUGGGCCUGGUGUACUGGGAGACCUUCAUGAGGUGUACUGACCUCUUCCCUGGUGAGUCUGUCCCAGAGUACCAGGUGGCCUUCCAGGCUGAGGCGGGGAACCAUCCCGUGUUCGAGGACAUGCAGGUGCUGGUGUCACGCGAGAAGCAGCGGCCCAAGUUCCCUGAGGCCUGGAAGGAGAACAGCCUGGCGGUGCGCUCCCUGAAGGAGACCAUGGAGGACUGCUGGGACCAGGACGCCGAGGCCCGGCUCACAGCCCAGUGCGCUGAGGAGCGGCUGGCCGAGCUGCUGCUCAUCUGGGACCGCUCCAAGUCCGUCAGCCCCACGCUCAACCCCAUGUCCACUACGCUGCACAACGAGAGGAACCGCAUGACCCCCAAGUCGGGGCCCUUCCCGGACCAGCCCUCCUCCUACAUCGAGGAGCAGGAGGGCGUGGCCAAGAACGGCCCGGCGGAUGGCCACCCCGCCGGCGGGCCCCCGGCUCUGGCGGGCUCCGGCGUGCGCACGGGGCCCCCGCCCGGCGAGCGCGACCGCAACUCCAUCAACCAGGAGCGGCAGCAGCAGGCCAGCGCGCGGCUGCCCAGCCCCGAGGGCAGCGGCGGCGGCGGCGGCGGGGGCAGCCCCUCCACCACCACCACCACCACCCUGCUCUCGGAGUCGGAGGGCUCGGCGGGGGGCGCCCCGGCGGUCCCCGUGUGCCUGCACCUCACCCAGGAGGACCUGGAGACCACCAAGCUGGACCCCAAGGAGGUGGACAAGAACCUGAAGGAGAGCUCGGACGAGAACCUGGUGGAGCACUCGCAGAAGCAGUUCUGCUCGCCCGACCCGCUGAGCCCCGGCAGCUCCAGCCUGCUCUACCCGCUCAUCAAGAUGGCGGGCGUGGCGUCGAGGCGGGCGGGCGGCGGCGGCGGCGGGGCGGGGGGAGCAGGCGCGGCCUCGGGGGGCUCCUCCCCCAUGCCGCCUGCCGCCUUCCCGCUGCCCAAGCAGCAGAACCUGCCCAAGCGGCCGUCCAGCCUGCCGCUGCGCACCAAGCCCCCCAAGAAGGAGGGCUCCUCCUCCGCGCUGCGCUUCAAGUUCGGCCGCUCGGGGAAGUCCAACCUGCGGCAGGUGGAGGGCGCCAAGACCACCAACGUGGGCGUGGGCGCCGCGGCAUCCGCCGCUGGCGAGUCGGCGCACCGCGGCAACGCCGGCACCAACAACCUGCCCGUCCGGCGCGAUCUCCGCAGCAACGGCGGCGUCGGCGGCAACGGGAGCGUGACCGCCAACGGGCAGGCGAACGGCGGCGGCGGCGGCGGCGGCGACGGCCGGCUGAGCCUGGGCGUGAUCACGGCCAGCCCCGACGAGCACGAGCCCCUGCUGAGCCGGGAGCGGGAGCCGGCGGGGCCGCUGCUGUCGGCGCGGCCCAACAGCAACAACAACAACAGCAACACGGGGCGGGGCCGCGGCGAGGGCGAGGGCGAGGGUGAGGGGCCCGGGGAGGAGGGCGGGGCUCCGGAGGAGCAGCAGCAGCAGACGGAGGAGACGGGCCCCGAGAACGGGCCGCCGGCGGGCGGCGCCGACCCCCCCGCGCCGGCCACGGCCACGGCGGUCACCAUGCGGGGGGAGGGGCUUCUGAGGCAGUCGCGGGGGCGGCGGCCCGAGAGGCCCAACUCGCUGGACCUGUCGUUCACCACGCGCGACCUGGCCUCGCUAGGGGAGGAGCUGGGGCACCGGGACGGCAGCGCCGGCACGGGUGAGAAGAUCAAGAAGCGCGUCAAGACGCCGUACUCCCUGAAGCGCUGGCGUCCCACCACCUGGGUCAUCGCCAUGGACACCAGGGGCACCGACGACGACGACGACGACGACGACAACAACAACAACAGCAACCACCACAACUGCCACCACCACCACCACCCUCACCACCACCAGGGCGGCUCCAACGCCCACGCCACGCAGGCCCGGGGCCGGCCCAAAUCGGCCACCGCCGUCUUCGCCGGGGAUCCCAGCGACACUCUAGUGUGAACGGCG